GGAUCGUGGGAUGCCGCUGGCCAUGAAAGCUCUAGAUUUGGCGUCAUCAUCGCUACCCAGCAAAGAUCCCAAAUUGGGAUGGUGUUUUAACGAAGCUGCUGAAUGUCAUCAUCAGUCACGAUCGUUCGAUAAAGCUCUUGGAUUGUAUGAAAGUGCGGCAGAUAUUUUCCGUCAUCAUCUGCCUAAAGAGUCUAUUUCACUAUCUACCGUAAAUCAUCAUCUCGCCUUGCUGUAUAAUGAUAUUGAACAAAAUGACAAAGCGGUGGAACUCAUGACAGAAAGUAUAAAAAUCAGCAAACAAAACCUACCUGAAAACCAUCACGAAAUUGCUGAAUCUCUGGUUACGCUUGGCGGCAUUCUGUUUUACAAGAAUGAUUUCGAUGAGGCCGUUGUGCAUCUUGAGUCAGGUCUCUCUAUUUUACGAGAAGAACUACCGAGUAGUCCGUUCACAGCCACUGGUCUGUAUUAUCUUGCAUUCAUUGAGAUGGAACGAAAUCAAUUGGUAGAGGCACAGCGACACGCCACUCAGUGUUUGCGCUUGCGCCAAGAAAUUUUCCUGAAAGAUGACAACGCAAUUAUUUGUGCACAAGAGUUGGUUCAUGAAAUCGAACAUACACUAGCGACAUUAUGAGUGGUUGCAAACAAAAAGAAAUAACGUCAAUAAUAUAAUGGAUACAACCAUGCUGAACAUGAUAUUUUAGAGUUUAUUGUGGUUUAGCAAAAUAAUUUAGUUAACUUAAUAAUUAGCUUGCCGUUAAUUAUCAUCAUCCAAGCUUGUUGUCUAUUCGUCAAUGCGCCAUACGCUACAUCCUUGUGUAGCGAUUACUUAUUAACUUCAUAGUUGCUUUCGCUCUACUUUUAAGACAGCAACAUUUAUCACGUUGUUUUUAUUGAAUAUA